UAUUUCCGACGACGCAUGCGCACUUACCUUGACAACCACACAGCAUAACCAAGAAAGAAGCGAGAUAAUUAGGUGUGGAUCCACCAACUCAUCAUGGGUCAAGCUCUGAUUAGAGCAGCACAGUGGACCUCAGCCAAAGGAGGUUCUGGGGGUAAACUAGAGUUCACAAAACUUAAUGAAGAACUGCUCAACUCCAUUAUUCAGUUUGUAGAUGGCUUCAGUGCCAAAUAUCCAGAAGAGACCAAGCUGGUUUUCAAAAAACCAUUAACCUGGCAGACCAUAGUCAGUCCUGAUGCAAUCAAUUUACCUGGCUUGGAGGACAGAGGGGGAGACAAAAUCUCCGAGGCAAAAGCAGACAAAGAUGUGCCUCUGUUUUCCUUGAAGAGAGAUGGCUCUGACUUUGAAUGCAGUUGCAUGACUAUGGAAUAUUGCGAACAGGUUCUGCGGGCCGCAGGAGACAAGAAAAUGAUAGAACUGAGGGCUUGCUUAGAAGCAAACCGUGAUCCUGUGGCCAACAUGCUCGGUGAACGCUUUGCAACUGUGGAAGGAGAUGACAACUCCAUUUUCAGAUUCAUUGAAGAAAUCACAAAGGAAAUUGAACAGCUAGCCAAACAGCAUGCUGAAAAUGAGGGAAACACAGAAAAACAAGAGGAAAUAGAGGAAAAGAAACUCAUCUUAAAAAUGAGACUGAUCCUUUUAAGACUUGAUCAGCAACUUUUGAAUCAGAGCAUUGCACAAAUAACAAAAGAUGUCCGACUUACCCCUGUUAUGGUGGAUGGGGAGGUCUCCAUUCUGCAGGAGUUGUCUGGAGAAGAUGAAAGGAAGCAUGUUCUAGAACUCAUUGACUUCUGGGGUGAUGGCUAUGUGUUUAAAAAUGGUUGCCGAGCUCCCCCUCAGCGUCAGUUGCAUGGAGACAUUGCUUACAUAGAAGUUCGGCCAUUUGAUGGCAAUAUGUUAUACAUCACAGCCAAUACAAGUGGUUACUAUGUGAACAAGGGCCCUGAUAAUCGUGGAGACAUGAAUUAUGAGAGGGAAGGAGAUGCUUACAGAGAGUUGGUCACCCUCCUCAAAGAUAAAAGUGCUCACUUUGCAGAAAUGAUUGACAAGCAGGAAUUUCACCUCAAAGUUCAAGAAAAAGAUGAUUACAUGGAUGCCAGGAAAGUUGAAGAGGAUGAUGAAGAUAAAGAGAGCACUGCUGGUUACCGUCCAGAGAGAGCCAAGCAGAAGACAGAAGAAGACUCCAAAGACAAGGGCCAGAAGCAGAAGACACAGAAGAAGAAGAGACUGGAACCUUCACUCAAAUGGAAGGCUCUUGGAAUGGAGGAGUACCAAGAACCAGAUACCCGUGCAGAACAGAAGAAGUUGAAAAAGAAGAAGGCUUCGCCUAGGAUGAAGACCAAGACCCCUAUUGAUGCUGAUGACACUUUUAGUGAGAGCUCAACUGAGAGUGAAGAGGAGGAGGAAGCAGUAGAGAGAAGGAGUGAGACUAAUGCUGAUCUUCCUUCAGAGUAUUGGCAGAUUCAGAAACUCGUCAAGUACCUCAAGGGUGGAAACCAAACUGCAACCAUCAUUGCUCUGUGUUCAAUGAGAGACUUUAAUUUAGCUCAAGAGACUUGUCAACUUGCUAUCAGAGAUGUAGGGGGCCUGGAAGUCCUAAUCAAUUUACUGGACACAGAGGAAGUUAAAUGCAAGAUUGGAUCACUUAAAAUCUUGAAAGAAAUCUCAAGAAAUACUCAGAUCCGACGUGCCAUUGCUGACCUUGGGGGACUACAAACCAUGGUGAAGAUCCUGCGUGACCCCGACAAGGAUCUGAAGUGCCUGGCCGCAGAAACUAUUGCUAAUGUUGCCAAAUUCAGAAGAGCCAGAAGAACUGUGAGGCAACAUGGAGGCAUCAGAAAACUGGUUGGUCUCCUUGACUGCCCAAUAGUUUCAGCCACAAAUCCUGAAGCAGAUAAGGAUGCUGAGGUGGCCAGAAGUGGUGCUCUCGCUCUGUGGAGCUGCAGCAAGAGCAAGAAAAACAAGGAAGCCAUGAGAAAAGCUGGAGCAAUUCCCCUUCUGGCCAAACUUUUAAAAUCUCCUAAUGAAAAUAUGCUCAUUCCAGUUGUGGGAACUCUCCAGGAAUGUGCCUCAGAGCCCAGUUACAGAUUAGCCAUCAGAACAGAAGGAAUGAUUGAGGAUCUGGUGAAGAACUUAAAGAGUCAAACAGAUGAGCUACAAAUGCAUUGUGCAUCAGCAAUAUUCAAGUGUGCAGAAGAGAAGGAGACCCGUGAUCUGGUGAGGCAGUAUGGUGGUCUGGAUCCUCUAGUGUCACUGCUGCAGAAGACAGACAACAAGGAACUCCUGGAGGCAGCCACUGGAGCCAUUUGGAAAUGUGCCAUCAGUCCAGAAAAUGUCACACGUUUUCAGGAGUUGAGGGCAAUAGAGCAACUUGUUGGACUUCUUAAUGAUCAGCCAGAGGAAGUUCUGGUAAAUGUGGUUGGAGGUCUUGGAGAACUUGCUAAGGAUCCUCCAAACAGACUAUUGAUCAGGAAAGCUGGUGGAAUACCCCCAUUGGUCAAUUUACUGACUGGUACAAAUCAGGCCCUUCUUGUUAAUGUCACCAGAGCUGUUGGACAGUGUGCAGAAGAACAAGAUAACAUGGCGAUCAUUGACAAAUUAGAUGGUGUCAGAUUGCUUUGGUCCCUGCUCAAAAAUCAGAACCCAGAUGUACAAGCCAGUGCUGCGUGGGCUAUAUGUCCAUGUAUUGAAAAUGCAAAGGAUGCUGGAGAGAUGGUGCGAUCUUUUGUGGGUGGUUUAGAACUGAUUGUAAGUCUGUUGAAAUCAGAACAUCGAGAAGUUCUAGCCAGUGUGUGUGCAGCUAUAGCAAACAUUGCCAAAGAUGAAGAAAACUUAGCAGUCAUUACAGAUCAUGGUGUUGUCCCUAUGUUAGCAAGAUUGACCAAUACAGUGGACGAUAAACUGAGGAGACAUUUAGCCGAGGCUAUAGCUAGGUGUUGUAAUUGGGGGAACAACAGAACUGCCUUUGGGCGAGAAGGUGCCGUAGCUCCGCUGGUUAAAUAUCUUCGCUCACAAGAUGAGAACGUACAUAGAUCAACUGCCCGAGCAUUGUACCAACUUUCAAAGAACCCCGAAAACUGCAUCACCAUGCAUGAAGCUGGUGUUGUUCAGCCUCUCAUGAAAAUGGUGGGUUCCCAAGAUGAAGAUCUCCAAGAGGCAUCAGCGGGUUGUAUUGGAAACAUCAGAAGACUUGCUUUAGCCAAUGAGAAAGCAAGAUAUUCUUAAAAUCUGUCAGAAUGAACAAAUUGUGACUAUUAAACUGCCAUUAAUUGAGUUAUAAUAAACUUUCUACAAAAAAAAGACUGUGAUAUGAAUGGCAUCUUUUAAUUGGCAUGUACAUUAUACAUGCACCAAGCAAAGACAGAAAAGUACUACCCAUUUCAAAGACAGUGUAUUUAUGAUUAUCUGAAUACUGAGCUCAUUGACCAAAUUGUUUCAGAAAGCAUGUGUUAUUUAGAAAAUGAACAGGUAGUUUUAACCUUGCAUUUAAUCUAUCUAUCAGAAUAUUGUAAUUUAUUUAAGAGUAUAAACAUUCCAAUAUUUUUUUAUUGUUUUGUUAUGACCAAAUAUUUUGAAUUAAAUUUUAUGAACCAUCUGACAA